AUGAAGUUCGAUCCUAACUCCAGGGCUUUGCCAAAACGUUCAGAAUUACCUGCGAUCCCGGGGGCUCCGGAUGGAGCCGCGUGGUUCUGGGGCCCUAAUGACGAGCUUGGGCGUCUUAAUCUCCUGACCAAGGAGCGCGUUGCAGCAGCAGCAAAGUUGAUAAUAACCGGGGAGAUUAUAAAUCUCAAUUGGCGAGCGGAUUAUCCUAACCCGCCAUCGUUUGGCAGACAAGGUUUUGUCCACACGAUUCAAACCAUCGGCGAUUCUGGGUAUGAUGAUUUGUAUAACAUGAAUACCCAGAGUGGGUCACAGUGGGAUGGCUUCCGUCAUGUAAGACUAUUACGCUACGACAGUGCCGCUAUAGGUAGAAGUUUUGACCUUCUCACCAUGGACGAAGUCCCAAACGCGAAGUACGGUGGAAUGCAGGCUUGGGCUGAACAUGGAAUAGGUAAAAGCUAUGAUCCAAUCACGACCCACCGAAUCCCGUUGAAGGAUGUUCAAGCUUGUGCAAAAGCGCAAGGGGUGGAAUUCCAGUAUGGUGAUUUACUACUGAUACGGUCUGGGUUUGUCGAUCAUUACGAUAGACUGGAUGAGAAGGGACGGAAGCAGCUGGGGACACUUCAGAUCCCAGACCAUACAUUUGUUGGAGUCGAGCAAACGGAGGAAAUGCUCGAUUUUCUACACGACAACUACUUCAGUGCCGUAAUAGGUGAUGCUCCAGCCUUCGAAGCUUGGCCGCGAGCAGAGUUCAACCUUCACCAAUAUCUACUUCCACGUUGGGGCGUACCAAUUGGUGAAAUGUGGAAUCUUGAGAGGCUGGCUGAGACUUGCAAAAGGAAGAAGCAAUACACCUUCUUCAUCACUAGUGCCCCAGCCAAUGUUCCUGGCGGCAUAGGAAGCCACCCGAAUGCUGUCGCCAUUUUUUAAGAAGCCGGGAUGCGACCAACCAUCGGUAAUUUGUUCCCUUACUGGACACUCGACAUUGACACUCCGUGAACUUGACCGGGUUUCCCUACUUACUUAGCGUCUAUCUACAACGUGACUGGUCAAGUUACCGCGAUGGUGCGGGAUAACGGUA